AUGUGCUUAGCAACACACUGUUCGGAUUGUUGUCGCAUUCGUUAUGGUGACACAAUGGAUCCUGAUUGCGAGCAAAGAGUGAACAUGAAGUUCUGCGUUAAGCUCGAGAAUAUCCCCAGUGAAAUGUGGAACAUGAUUAAGCAAGCAUAUGCAGGCGAGGCACUUUCAAGAAGUCAUGUUUUCGAGUGGCACAAACGGCUUCGUGAAGGCAGAGAUUCAGUGCAAGACAAUCCCAGAGCAGGUCAUCUGUCUAUAGCAUAUACCGACGCAAACAUGGAGCAUGUAAGGCAGUUAUUGCAAGAAGACUGUCGUGUAACCGUGCGUAUGAUAUCAGAAGAACUGAAUUUGAAUCGUAAUGUGUGUCAUAAAAUUUUUCGCGAAGAUUUGGGGAAACGGAAAUUUAAUGCAUGA